GAUGGCGAAGUCGAAGGCAGUCAGCUGCGAUGACCCUGCACGGCUUGUCGACCACCGCGCUCCUCGCACUCGGCCCGCUAUGCGUCUAUGGCACCGCGCUGGGCGCCGUUGGCUGCAGCCAUAGCCUCUCGGCGGUCCUCGCGGGCCUCUCAUUCUUUGUCUUCUGCGACGGCUGGUACUUUCUCGACAUGGCCAUCUACCAGCUCCACCUGCUCGUGCUGCCGCUGCCUCGCAAGCCUCGCACCGACUUGGUCGACACGUACAUCCGCCAUGGCCGCGUCUCGCUCGGCGACAUUGACCGGAACGGCCACUGCAACAACGCGCGGUACCUUCGCGAAUGCGGCUUUGGGCGACGGGACUUUUGGCGCGCCAACGGCGUCUGGGCCCUCCUGCGCGCAGAAAGCGGCAACCUCGUUGUAGGCGCGCAGACCGUCCGAUACCGGCGCGAGCUCUCGUUGGGCCAAGCAUUCUCGCUCGAGACGCGGGUGCUGGCGUGGGACGACCAGGCGUUCUACGUCGAGCAGCGCUUCGUCACGCGGUGCGAGGACGGGAAGCAAGACUUUGUGCACGCGAUCGUAUACGUCAAGAACAACGUGCUGGGGCGACUGCGGCCGUCGGACCUCGUCGCCAUGGUCGCGCCAGGUCUGUCGCCGCCGCCGAUCCCGGACGAAGUCCAGCUCUGGAUCGAGAGCAAUGCUGCGUCGAGUGCUGCCCUGCGCCCGAAGAGCAACUAGACACCAAGAACGUUGGGACGCGAUAAAUAGAUCUCUGUUGCACGACGCUCGCCAUCAUUUUCUUCCUACGACGACGG